UCUGCGCGGUGAGGAGUGGGACGGGAGCGCGCGGCCAGCUGUGAGGGGAGCAGAGGAAAACGGCUGGAGUACUAAAGAGACAAAGAACCGCUGCUUCACAUCUCAUACUCUCCAAAAGUUUGAAAGCCUCAAAGUCGGAAAAUCAAGUUGGAAAGUGUCUACUUCUUGUUCUUCGUCUGUCAAAAUCACUGUCUUUUCCUUCAUCGUCCCGCGUAAUGCUGCGCCCAGUUGCUAGCCACUGUCUCUUGUCCACCUUGCUGUGCAUGAUGGCGCUGUGUAAUGCUCAGUCACCCUCUGGUUCCCCUGUAAUCCAACUACGUCUAGCCGGGGAGAAGCGGAAACACUACGAAGGCCGGGUGGAAGUUUUCUACAAUGGAGAGUGGGGGACAGUGUGCGAUGAUGACUUCUCCAUUACUGCUGCCCAAGUGGUGUGCAGAGAGCUCGGCUUUCUGAAUGCCGAGUCCUGGUCGCCCUCUGCCAAGUACGGAAGAGGAGAAGGCCGUAUCUGGUUAGACAAUCUGCACUGUGCUGGUGGAGAGAAGAGCCUGGCCCAGUGUCACUCCAACGGCUUUGGAGUGUCGGACUGCAAACAUUCAGAAGAUGUCGGAGUGGUGUGCACCCAAAAGCGCAUUCCAGGCUUCAAGUUCCUCCAGAACCUGGCCAACAACGAUCAGGGUUUAACGGUGCAGGUGGAGGAUGUGAGGCUCAGGGCCACUUACUCUCAGAGGAAAAGGAUUCCCAUCACUGAGGGCUUUUUGGAGGUGAAAGAUGGAGGAAAGUGGAGACAGAUCUGCAAUGAAGAGUGGACAGAAAAGAACAGCAGGGUCAUCUGUGGCAUGUACGGCUUCCCUGGGGAGAAACGCUUCAAUGCCCGACCCUACAAAUUGCUGGCCAUGCGUCGUAAGAAGAACUUCUGGGGUUUCUCUGUCAACUGCACAGGCAACGAGGCUGACCUGUCCGAUUGUAAGAUGGGUGGAGAGAUAAAGCGGAAGGGCAACAGGACCUGUGAGCAGGGCAUGCCUGUAGUGGUCAGCUGUGUGCCUGGACGUGCCUUUGCUCCCAGCGUCAGCGCCGGCUACAGGAAGGCCUACAGGUUGGAGCAACCCCUGGUGCGUCUUAGAGGCGGAGCAAUGAUUGGUGAGGGGCGAGUAGAGGUGUUGAAGAACGGGGAGUGGGGGACAGUGUGUGACGACAACUGGAACAUUCGAGCUGCCACCGUGGUGUGUCGAGAGCUGGGGUUCGGUACCGCCAAAGAGGCCUUGACUGGUGCCCGACUAGGACAAGGGAUUGGGCCGGUCCACAUGAACGAGGUGGAGUGCUCUGGGUUUGAAAAGUCACUGACUGAGUGCUACUUCAACCGUGAUUCUGUGGGCUGCAGCCAUGAGGAAGAUGCAGCUGUCAGGUGUAACAUUCCUGCCAUGGGCUUUAACAAAAGACUCCGGUUAAAUGGCGGCCGUAAUCCCUAUGAGGGUCGUGUGGAGGUUCUGGCAGAGAAGAAUGGCUCUAUGGUGUGGGGCACAGUGUGCAGUGACAGCUGGGGGACCAUGGAGGCCAUGGUGGUGUGCAGACAGCUGGGCUUGGGCUUUGCUAGUCAUGCUUUCCAGGAAACAUGGUACUGGCAAGGAGACACCUCGGCUGAUGCUGUUGUGAUGAGUGGAGUGAGAUGUUCAGGAACUGAGAUAACUCUGGAUCAGUGUCUACAUCACGGGAAACACAUUGUCUGUCCCAAAGGCGGUGGACGCUUCGCUGCGGGGGUCUCCUGUACUCAGAUGGCCCCAGACCUGGUCCUUAGUGCCCAGGCUGUGGAGCAGACCACCUACCUAGAGGACAGACCCAUGUACGCGCUGCAAUGUGCCCAUGAGGAGCGCUGUCUGUCCAGUAGUGCUGACAAAGCCGACCCCAGCUCCUACCGCCGCCUUCUCCGCUUCUCUUCCCAGAUCCACAACAAUGGCCAGUCAGAUUUCCGGCCACGGGCUGCACACCACUCCUGGAUUUGGCACGAGUGUCACAGACAUUACCACAGUAUGGAGGUUUUCACCCACUAUGACUUGCUGACUCUAAACGGCACUAAAGUAGCAGAAGGACACAAAGCCAGCUUCUGUCUGGAGGACACUCACUGUGACGAGGGUAUCCAGAAGAGGUAUGAAUGUGCAAAUUUUGGGGCACAGGGCAUCACAGUUGGCUGCUGGGAUACCUACAGGCACGACAUUGACUGUCAGUGGAUUGACAUUACCGAUUUGAAGCCUGGCGACUACAUCUUCCAGGUUGUGAUAAACCCCAACUAUGAGGUUGCAGAAUCAGAUUACACCAACAACAUUAUGAGGUGCCGCUCCCGGUACGACGGACAGCGGAUAUGGACAUACAACUGUUAUAUAGGUGGCUCACGGAGUACAGAAACAGAGGAAACGUUCCCUGGACUGCUGACCAACCAGCUUUCACACUGGUAGACCAAAGACGAACAUUACAGACGGAUGGAUGGACAUUAGGGAAGUGUAUGUUAAUAUAUGACAACCACUAGAGGGAGCUGUACUCUUUACUUGGAGCCAUUCUGGAUUGUUGUUGGGUUCAGGGCUCAACUGGUACAACGGACAAUGAGUCAAUGGGAAAAUGAACUGCUUACUUUCUAAAUCUUUUAACCACAUUCAGCGGUACAAAAUGUCCUUAUCUCUUAGUUUCUUAGUGCCUUUAUUGUCAGUAAAAUGUUGUUUUUGACCUGGUGCUUACUGGGAGUGACUUCAGGGAGGGCUGCAGACACAUAACUUAUUAAAUUAACUGUGCCAACAAAGAUUUCAAGAGUUUGGGAAAAGCCCCCCAAAAAGGCUGCGUUCGAAUAGUAAAAAUAAUGAUUACGUCUUUUGCUAACUACUCUUCCUUGACCUCGAUGCAAAAUGUCAUGAGGUCAAGGAAAGAUGUGAAGGACAGUUCAUAAAAGACAACUGCGGUGUUUAGAGAAUCCAACAGUACACUAGGCUACGUCAUCAUGCCACGGUGGAUGUUUUAACGUGGGUUGGCUGUGGUGACAUUAAAAUGUUCCAAAGAUGACUACUUAUAGUGCAUCUAAGAAACUUUGAUUGUAAGUUUUUACUUGUUUUAUGCAGGUUUUAUAAACAUGGAAAACCCAGAGAAAAAUACUACUUCUUUACCAAGGUUGGAAUUGAAAUAGAAAAA